CACAGAUCACCGCGGCCGGGUGAAACAAGCAAGCUGUGAUUCUGGGGAGAUCCUUCUUCGCAUGCGCGAUCUCGCGAUUUCGCGCAGAAGACAGGGGAGAAAGCAGGGUUGUCUCAAAGAUAGGCAUGCCGCGAGUCUCUCCGUGGCGAAUACGUGCCGGAAACGGGGCAGAAAACUGGGCGCAAAAACGCUGGUUGUCGUUUCAACAGGAUUGUCUGAAAAGAUGGACAUGCCGCGAGCAUCUCCCUCGUCGGAAAGCCUCUAAACCGCGGGGUGGAGCGCUGCUACGAGGCGCGAAAAUUGCGUCCCGUAGCCGCUUGCGCACUGCACAGCCAUUGCAAGCAAGGAAGCGGAAGUCCGUGCGGGCCCGAAGUCGGAAAACGACGCAGCUGGCGGCGCGAGUUCGUCGUCGCCAUCACACUGUGGCGUCAAACUCCUUCGCGCGGGUUCGGCGGGCGCAUACUUACUACGUAUAUGGUGUUGUCAUACUGGUCCGGGACGACUGGGACGAAGCGGUACCGCCGCUAAACUUGUUUCAAUGCCGAUGCGCAGUUUGACACCCACCACUCAGACGGCGACUCCGCGAUGAUCUCAACAUCGGGCAAAACCGUAACUUCUUGUCUGCUCUAGCCCCUUGGGGUCCUUAGACCCACAUCAUUGCACCUUCUCAGUCUGUGCACGAACCAAUAAAAAAACUGGGUUUUUUUGUCAAGACACCGGACGGCACAGUCUGCGGUGCUCCACUUUUUCCAAUGUCCUUGAUCCCCAUG